CUGUGGCCAUAGUGUAUCAUGUGUUAUUAGUGCAGCGGGCAGGGGCAAAUUAAGGAAAACUGUCUCCGUUAUACUCUUAUGUAUUCACCACAAAAUGAGCUCUAGGUAUAAACGCACAACAGACGAACCAAUAUCAGUACGUGACCGUGACAAUCCGGGGAACUGGGAAGGGCUUUUCAAAUGACGUCAAAGACACAAAGGGAGCCCAUACGUGAACAUUUAAGCAACGCUUGAGAGGGCAUGCCCUUGGAGGCGUGAUGGGGGUUAGGAAGCUCCCGCCGGAUCUGAAAUGAUAUACGAGACUUCAAAGUGCUCCAUUUAUCUAUCUGGGAUAAGCUUCAACGUUUUUGGACUGUAGUAUUUUGUUUUCUCGUCACCUCUCUUGAUGCUGGCUAAGCAAACAAUCGGAGGAAUGUCGCCCGUCGAUUGGCCCAGCAUUCUUACACUCCACUUCCGGCGGGAAUGACGGCGCCAUUACCGGAAAUAAAACACAGCUCCCGUUUUCUACAGACAUACAAGAAAAUUCCCGAGGUUGCACAGUUGAAGCGAGAAUCAUCGAAAACGAAAGAUUCUGUCAGCAGAAGACAGAUCGAGGCAGAUUCGCAAAUCUUUUCCGCUACAAAGAAGUUCUGACCGAGAACUAAGCUGUAUUACUGUGUACAAAAAAGUUCUGGUGAGUUCCUCGUGAAGUACUGAAUCAUUUUGAUCCUACCAGCAUCGUGUUGUUAGCCACACACUCAUAAGCACAGACACAAUGUCCAACGGCAGCCCCCACGUGAUCUGGUUACUAUGGUUACUGGGAGUCACAGCUCGAAUGGUCAGCGGCUACGAGUUCAAUGUUUUCCGCGGAGAGCAUGGAAAGGCCCAGGAUUGGUUUCAGGCCCCUCGAGAGUUGUGCGAGAGAGCUGGGUCUAGCUGGCGCUGCUCGGAUUUUGGCGCUCUCGCCAGUCCCACCGCGUGCUAUAAAUGCACAUGUCCGAUCGACAAGGCGACGUUCGGUUUUCAUGGCGGCAAAUGGCGCUGUAUUGGGAACUCUGACCUGCGCCAACAAACAGGCUGUAACUUCCUGUUCGCCUAUCAAUCCCAAACCAGUCCAGUCAAGAUAGUGAAAUCUAGGGUCAGCUACCGCCUAGACCUCCCCAACGAUAGGCCGUGCGAGUACACAUAUUCACGGGAUACCUCUAUACGAGCCUGCAAUGGGACCUGGUCAGGGGCGAGCUCUGUUAGACCUUCUCCGAGAUAUAGAUAUAAAUCGUACGAAAGGCAGACCUACUAUCACGCGUUAGGCGUCGACAACACAGGGGCGGCUCCUCUUGAAAGCCGACUUAUACGCAUCGAUAUCAAGUGUACAAAACCUGGGGCUCCACCUAUCAAAAGCUGCCUUCUGCUUAAAGAGAGAUACGUCUCAUAUCCCGAAAAAUGUGUUGUAACCGACCCCACCACUGCUAUCCCAUCAUCUCCCACGACGUCAUCGUCUAUUGAUCAAUUUGCCACCAUUGAGCCCACCCUCAAGUUACAUCCGGGACCCACUGUCACUCAAGCCACACAACCUGCACAUAUCCCACUAGCGACUGACCAGUCCCCAACGCCUUACAAGACACAGGGAGACCAAGCAGGUUUUGGAAGUCCUCUUGCUAUGAUUGCAAUCACCGCCGCUUCAGGCGGAGGAGGACUGGUAUUAGUCAUAUUUAUUUUAUGUCUGGUGUUCUGGAGACGCCGUAGAAAAAGACGUGGUGGUGUGAAAUACAGCUCGUCUCUGUAUAACAACUCAGAACACGAGGAAUGCGAUGACAGUCAGGCGCGGAUCUACGAGACGGCGAAUGGUCCAAGUGUGAAGGCCUGCAAGACAGACACAAUGAUGAGUCAUAGCAAUCCAGGAUAUGGGCGUGGCAAAGACUUGUCCAUCAAGAUUUCGUCACCAGGUCACGUGAUCCCUACUGCUCCUCGUUUAAAUGACCUACCUGGCUUCAUCAAGCAAACGACGCUGACCAGCGAUAACAGCAUGUUCGUAGAUAUGAGACCGGAAGUGUUAUAUGAGAAUAUAAAAAACCUCGUUCCACAGGAAUCCCCAAAUAUGCAAUCUGAGCCAAGUCAAUCUACCGAGGAGCCGUUUUACGCCGUACUUGAGGGACCCGUAUCGGAAAGCAUUCACGGAGUGUGUAACCCCGCCUCUCAAGAAAUAACAAUUCAAAAAGACAGUAACGACAACGAUGACGUCAUAUACGCAAAUAGCCCUGUAGUCACACCAACUGAGCCCGCAUGUGGUCAGCACGGUAACCCAACAGAGCCGCCGUUUGACCAGCGGUAUAUUAUCCAGAAUUUAGGCUCUAAGAAAGUUUCGGACAUUUUGGCGGCUGAGGAGCGAAGGCGAGCAAAUAUCAACACAGAGGACGACUGUAAAAGACUUUCUAGUUUAAAUUGCGGGUAUGAUUUAGAGGAAAGUAAAUCUGAUGAGAAGGGAUCUUCAGGGACGGGAAUGGAGGAGUGCCACUAUGCAUCAUUGCAGGGACAUAAUACGAGUGGUUCUCAGAAACCUAGUGAUGAUACGUACCAAUCCCUAGAUACACCGCGGCCCUCGGAAUAUCAGUCGCUUACAUUACCGACAAGUCGUCAGUCAGUGAAACCUUCGGUGAGACCAAAGCCGAGCAUCAAGCCAAAACCGUCUGUCAAGCUAUCGACAGAUUCAUAGAAAGACUAAUGAUAUCAGCCGAGUCUUUUACAGAAAAAGAGACUUAUUUACAGAAACGAAACCUUUUAGGGAAGAAAUCUGUGAAAAAAAAACACGUUAAAUUUUCGAACGUUUGUUUCUUUGCAUGGCAUUUUUUUUUGUAAAAUGCCUUACAUAGAACGGGGCAAUUUUUCAGCUUUCCUAGGAAGGUGAUAUACUGAGAACCAACAUGCAGCGAUUUUAUAUGAAUGUAUAAUCUUAGAUUAGAUUAUAGCUCUUAUGCAUCUUCCGUGAUCGGACAACUCGUAAUGCAUUGUAGUCAGGCCCAGAUGGUUCAUCUCCAAAAGAGCAUGGGUUAGGAGAAUUUCUAGACGAUCAUUCCCCUAGUACCCCUUUGUCCAGUUUGACGAUUUUUCGCACACGCAUUUAUUUUCAUGCAAAUUCUCUCAAAAUCUGUUGAAAAAUGCUAAAUGAGCAUGUUAAGAAAAAACUUUACAACUAGGUUUCCACAAGUUCAUGUCAAUCAGAUAUCACAUUCAUCGCAUCCUUAUUGGCUCACUUCCUAAACUGACAAGGUAGCCACGUAGCACAUAACAUCCUUAUUGACUCUACUUUAAAAGUCACUGUUCUCGUAGUCUAAAAUUUCCGUACUAAAAGUUGUCCCCUUACGAGAGCUUUGAUUAUAAACAAAAAAGAGAGCUUUAUGUAGUUUAUGGAAUACUUAAUUUUUGUAAUUUCCAUUUGUAAAUAGACAAACCCAGCAAAUAUUGUGUAUUAAAACUUUAAUACAAAUCUCAAUAAGUGUAUAUAAAUACAGAAUAUGCGUUAAAUAGAUACCCAUUUGAAGACAAAUACGAAUAAAUAGGUAUGGUUAGUAGGUGGUUAAAUUAACUAUAUCAUUUGGGCUGAAACACCGCUAUUAAAUAGCAUGAAAAAAGCCCUAAUGGAAGCAUUUGCUUGUUGAUUUUCAUUAUAAAAAAACACAUAUUACGUUAUUAAAGGAGUCGAACACUAA